GUGCAAGUGCAAGAGGAACAGGCACACCCCCCUCCGUCAUAGUCCGCCCCCCAGACCCGUGGGCGAAAAAUAAUAACUUAAAGAGUUUUGAUGCAGACCAGUCAUAUCAAGCACAUCGGCAUGGAAAAGACGUGACCGAUGGAGUGAAUGGGUAUCAUCAGAAGUGUUUUCUCUGAAAAUACUGCGUGAUUUUUGAUAACAGAACAGAAGGAUGCUACUGGACUAUGGAUGGAAACGGUGGUGUCAGUCCGCCCUGAAGGGGGGAUCUUAGAGGCGUCCCUUUAAGAUGACACGGGUGGUGGUGCUGAUGUCAGUCCGUCCUGAAGGGGGAAUCUUAGAGGCGUCCCUUUAAGAUGACACGGACGGACCCUCCUGACAUACUGGCAUCCACGCUGUACCAAGACAUCAGCAUCAGGCCUACAAGUGGCCGCCCCAUGUCCUUCGCCUCCUCCAAACAGUGCGAAGCCCAGAUGAUCGGCACUCUGGAGCAAAACCACGAGGUCAUCAACAAGAGGCACUGCCGCAGCUUCGACUUCAUCGAGUCCCUGGACGACCCCAAGUCCUUCUCCUCCGCCAUGGACUACGCCUACGGGACAGAGCGGCCGUCGGCCGGCAAAGAUGGCCUCUGGAGCGGCCUCGGUCAGCCGGGGCACCUCCGUUUCUCGUCGCCAGACCUGUUCAACACGAAGCUGCCGGCUCAGCAGGUCGCCAUGGAAACCAGCGCCGGGGCCGAGGCUGCCAGGGCUGAUGGGAAGGGCAAGGCCCGCUCCAAAAGUACCCCGCGGGUCCGUGCCACGCUCACGCCGGUGCCCAUCACGGUGUCGCCCCCGUCGGCGCGGAGGGCAAGGGACAGCCAGCGGGCGCCCUCGGUCGACCCCCAGCGGAGGCCUGAGGCGUCCGGCCCGUUCCCCGCUGCCAGGGAGGCGUCUCACUACCCCAACCGGGCGCUGGUGAACGAGGUGCACCCCAUCAAGCUGCAGCCGCACACGCCCCUCUACGUGUCCGACUGCUUCGAGGAGCCAAAGCCGGACAAGCCCAGCACGAGCCCGCAUGUGCGCUGCCGCGUGGACAUCAAGCCCGACGCUGCCGUCCUCCAGCACGCCGCCAGGCGUCCCCCUGCCCCGAGGGUCGACCCAGCCUGGCAGCGCUACUCCACGUCGGGCAUCACCGGACUCUCCGUGCCCCGCCAGACGGGCACCUCCCGGACGCCCACGCCAAGCGACUGCUACAGGAUGGACUACCGGCAGUCCUACGCUUACCCACCCUGCAUGCCCGGCAACUACGCCCACCCGGCGGACAUCCCGCUGGGCCGAGUGCCCUCUCCCCGAGACCCCAGAGACAUGCUAGGCAGGGAGUACCGGACCCUGUCCACCCCAAACAUUCCCACCAAGUUCUUCUACACAGAGGACCCGUGCAGGUACCCGGUCCAGCCCCAGGGCAGAACCUACUACCAGGACGACCAGUUCAGCCUGGCCAGCAGCACCAGCCACUUGCCCUCACUCAGCGGGCAGUACCCCCAGGACCCGCGGGUCCGCUGGGUGCACACUCUCCCGGUGCGGCCCUGCUACGGUGAGGUCAAGGCCCGGCGCGACCCUGCGGCAGAAGCCUUCUUCAGCAGACCCUACUCCGUGAGCGAACCAGGGCCGUACUACAUGCCCCCACCCCAGACUCAGGGCUACUACCGAGACGACCCCAGAGGAUACCCCUACCCGUCUGACCCGUCGAAGAUCUUCUACACGAGACCGUGCCAGUCGGCGGCGGACUACAGCAUUCCCGUGCGCCAUCCCUACUACAUGGACGGCCGGCAUCAGCCCCGGACGUCGCAAGUGUUCUCCGACUCAGACUGGCAGCGGUCCAGCAUCUCGGGCUUCUCCAGCCACUACGCCUCCUCGCAGGCCACACCGCAGCGUGCCAGGCACGACCCCUGCAUGACCCCCUGGUACCCCAACGACUUCUCUGAGCCCAGGCUGGGCGCCGACGUCCGGCACUACUCCAAGUCCUGGGACAACAUCCUGACCCCGCACCCGCACGCAGAGCGAGAGCAGGCCUUCCCGCGCGGCCGGAGCUACGAGAACCUCUUCAACCAUGCCAGGCACGCUGCGCCGCCCGACGUCAGGCAGCAGCCGGUCAUCGUGAACCUGUCCAGCUCGCCCCGGCGCUACGCGGCGCUGUCCCUCUCGGAGAACUCUCUGGAGAAGUGCCACAGCGACAGCGCCCGCAGCAGCGUGAGCCGGCACUGGUACGUCACCCCCGAGAUCACCAUCACGGACAACGACCUCCGCGCCGCCAACCAGCGCAAGCGGGAGGGCGGCUCGGGGCACUCUGUGACCUGGGGAGUACCUAACGGCAUUCAGCCCACGGCCUCAGUGGUCAACCACCAGCAGUCAACCGUGAGUGGGCCGGAUGCAAGCAAGGACAGAAAACACAACAACUACUCUCUCCAGCAGAGCUUGGAGCAGCUGGAUGAGCUGCUAGCUGACCUGGUCAUCGACUACAAGCCUCCGAACAGCAGACGUCCCAGCGAGGACCUGAUCGAUCAGCUCAAACAGCUGAUCAGCGACGACGACCUCACGGAGGUCAAGCCAACCUCGUUUGGGCCGGACGACCAACUGCUGGCGAACUCGCAGGAGUCCUCGGCGAAGACAAGCCCGGACACUCCUAGGGACCCGGACAGCGGCUGCGACGGCAUGCAGCCGAGCCUGGACGACUUCUCGUUCAACCACAGUCCCGACGAGGACAACUCCAUGACCUGCUCCAACGGCAAGUGUGGCCGCAAGGAGAGCCUGUUCAACGCGUGCCUGUACUUCAAGUCCUGCCACAGCUGCUACACGUUCUACUGCUCGCGGAACUGCCGUCGGGAGGACUGGGACAGCCACAAGGAGAACUGCCUGUACGGACGCAUCAGCAGCGUGUGUCGCCACAUCCUCAAGCACUGCAGGGAGACGCCGGACAUCCACAAGGCCUUCUCGCGCAUUGCCAAAGUGGGCUACCUGUCGCGGGGGCGAGGGGUGCUGUUCCUGGGGUUCCCCAACUCAGGGUCCGCGGACAACUUCAUGAAGGUGGGUCUGGAGAGCCUCCUGAUGUCGCCGACUUACCUGUCUCUCCGAGAACUGGACAGUUUCAAGGACAACCUGGGAGAGUACUGCAAGGAGCUGCAGGAGGCCGGGAAGGAGUACGACCCCAACGAAUGUUUCCUCUUGAACGUGUCCAUUGCCGUCGGCGAGCUAGUGCCUAACAAACCGUCCCCCAGGGUCCAAACGCCCACCGUUCGCAAGUACGCCAAGGUGUCCCUGGCCUCCUCCAGCCCGGACAAGAAGGUCAUCAGGAAGGGGAGCGACAUGGAGACCCUGAUCCUCACGCCGCCGCCGGGGACGUCGGACAUGGACGUCAGCGGCGAGGAGGGCCAGAAGGCCCGGGAGAUCUGCUUCAUCAACAUCCAGAGGGAGCUGCGGACGCGAGGCGUCUUCCUGCGGCACGAGUACCCGCAGAUCUACAAGCAGCUGUGCGAGUUCGUGGAGACCAACAAGAGGUUCACGCCCACCACCAUCUACCCCGUGGACAAGAGGACCGGCAAGCAGUUCAUGUGCAUGAUCAUGGCCGCAUCCGAGCCCAGAACGCUCGACUGGGUCGGCGCGCCACAUCUCUUAGAUGACAUCAUAUGAGCCCAGAAGCCCAGAACGCUGGACUGGGUCGGCGCGCCACAUCUCUUAGAUGACAUCAUAUGAGCCCAGAACGCUCGACUGGGUCGGCGCGCCACAUCUCUUAGAUGACAUCACAAGAGCCCAGAAUGCUGGACUGGGUUGGCAUGCCACACUUCUUAGAUGACAUCACAAGAGCCCAGAAUGCUGGACUCACUCAGCAGAUAUCAUCUCUUACACAUUAUCAUACAAUUCUCUGCACCUUCUGUACGAUGUAUUAUAUGUGCAUAAUUUAACAAACGUAUUUAUAAUUCCUGUUUUUAGAUGCGAUGUAUUUUGCUACAGAAUAUAUAUCUCUAUAUCUAUAUCAAUAUUUGCCAGCCUGUCACCUUCGGCCACGAGGUGAUAACAGCUUGUAGAAUGCAAAAUACAAACAAGAUGUACAUUUCUCAAAUAAUGCUAAUGAUUCACUUUUGAAAUGGCUUCAUUUACUUGAUUAUGUGUUUCUUUUUUAAAUUAAUUGCUUUACAGCAAAGCACUUGGCUUCAGUAAAAGACAGACUUUCCCAUCUGUUCUAGAUACUCCCCAAAAUGAAUGGAUUUGACUUCUGUGUUCAGAUGCAAACGGCUAUGCAUGUAUAUGACGCAUGCAUGUGACAUGCACUUUGACAUUCCUCUGGUUGUUAUGAGAUAUUUGUUAUGAAAAAUGAUAUUUUCAGACCACAGAAAUAUUUUGUUCACUGAUGAAGAAGGUGAUGUGUGAGUUGUUGUGAGUUUCUGAAAGAAGAGAAAGACGAGUCAGGUUCUCUAAAGUGAUGUAAUUGUGUCCCUCUGAAGUUGAACUGUUUGCUGUCAGCAUUUCCAGUUUUUGUGCUUCUAAUGGUGGUGACGGAAGAGAAAUGUACAAUAUAUAAUACAAGAAUACAUAAACUAAACAGUAUCACACUUUCUGUGUUAUAAGUAUUCAGUACAAGAAGUAUUGUAGCUACUGUAAGUAUUGGUGUGUGGCUCUUCUCCAUGUUACAACUAAUCUGCUCCUUCAUGCUCAGUCUGUUUCACUAAUGAAUUAUUUAGAAAAGUAUGUAAUGCAGCAAAUCUAACGCAACAAUAAGCCGAUUACUAAACGCAUCAUGCCAUACAGGCACUUUGCCCAAGGAACAAAGUGCUUAAAUAUGUACAAGGGUCAGUUUUUACAAAAUGUUAUACAGUUAAAACUGGGUGAACGAUUACUUGCUAAACUACUGAACUUAUACCAUAUGAAACGGGGAGAAGUGACCUUUAUAUAUUUGUAAAGUGCUGCUGUCUUUAAGUUGUAACCGUCGCGAAUAGAGUUGCUUAGCAACAGGUCUCAUCCUUCUUCUGUGACUUUUCCACAGUACAGCACUGAGUUGUGUGCAUGUGUGUGUGUGUGUGUGUGUGUGUGUGUGUGUGUGUGUGUGUGUGUGUGUGUGUGUGUGUGAGAGAGAGAUGUAGUAUGCAACUGCUUUGACAAAGCCAAUAUAAGAUUUUUUGUGGGGUUUGAGUUGUCUAUCAUCAGCGGUUUAUUUUAUUUUAUUUGUUUUAAUGUUAAAACCAUAAUCAAAAGAUAUGUAUGGAAAACAUAAAAUGUUUAAAAUCUAGCCUUGAGGCGGCUUUAUAUUUAGCUCAAGAAACAUGUAAGGAGUAUAUUUUUUAUUUUUAAGGCUUAACACUGAAGGCAAUACUUUGGAAAUAUUUUUAUGACUGAGAAAUUAACAGAAUGUUUGUAACGAUGACUGUAUAAAAGAGGUUUCUACAGUCGUUGGUUUGUAAUAAUUGCAUUUCACUGAAAACCCCAGUUAAGCUGUCCUGUGCUGACUUCCAGUGUCCUCAGUCAUGUGGUCCAAGAGCAUAACUUAUCUGUAUUAACCUAUGGUUAAUGCUAUUAUCAUGUGGUCUAAGAGCAUAACUUAUCUGUAUUAACUUAUGGUUAAUGCCAUUUUUUCUUGAUGUUUUUGUUUUGUUUUGUUUUGUUUGUUUUUAGUCUUGUUUGUAUUUGUUUUAAACCAAAUUUGUAGGCAGUCAAAAAUG